AUGGCGCCGGACAUCGCUAACAAGCUCAAGGCAACGCUGUUCAGGCGGCGACGGCGCCAGUCCGAGGUGUCAGUUCCAGGUGAUGAGGGUGGUGACUCUUCGUCGCCGCCCACGACGCCCGGCAUCAUCAGCCAGAGGAGGCCCUCGUUCCCAUUCCCACGUGAGCCCUCAUCCCAGACACUGACGCUGUCUCUGGAGCUGAUGACGGAAGACGGAGAAGUAGGAAUAGGAGGCUGCGGCGGCGGUGACGAUAACAGCGAAGCUGGUGACUCCGCCCUGACAAGCAACGACGCUGAGCAGCAGCGCACGAGGCAGCAUUGGAGGAUGUGGCAGAAGCCCAAGCAGGCUGCGGACGCUGAGAAGCGAAGAAGCGUCCCUGACAGCGCGGCUUUCCAUCUGUCGCCAGUCUCGCCGGUAUCACCAACAUCCCAGAUACCUGUGGCGCCAACAGAAGCUACCACACCGCAGCUGUCCAAGCAUGCCCAGGGCUAUUUCGACAGUAUUGGAGAGGAAAAGGGGGCCAACGACGAUCAAGACUACGACCAACAUCAGCAUCAAGGCGUCGACACGGAGGCAGCAGCUGCUGCUACGUUUGAUUCUGCUUCUGAUCCCGCUUCCCCCGCUGCCAUGAGCAAUCUCCAGCGCCAGGCCCUGACAGGAGAGCUGAUGGUACAGGCACUACCAGCGCUAGACCAACGGCAACCACAGCGCCCGCACCAGCUCCCGGCCUCGGCAGGGACCCGCGUUCAGGGUCAGAGUCCGCGCCGAAGCCUAAACAGUGAAGAAGCGAGCCGCUACGAGACGGACCAGAGCCAGCUCGACGGACAAGGUAUGGCGGUUAUUAACAGCGACCAGGGAACUAUUGCUGGCACCACGGACGCUGCUAGUGCUAGUCCUCGUAUUACUGCCGCCGACGCUGGCGGUACAGGUACAACAAGCACAGGCACAGGCGGCGCUGUCGUUUCUGCUGGCGGCCCCAUUCCUGGCGGCGAUCUGCAGCAGAAUCAGAAACAGCAGCAGAGACAGGUGCAGAAACGCCCACGCCAGCCAGCGCCACCGUUUUCGCUUCCAUCUCCUCCUUUGCCAACUCCUUCGGCGCUGCUGACUUUUCCUCCUCUCGCCCCCCCGACGCCCGGCCCAAGCAUCUUGCCUAGCAUUCCCAGCCUGCCCAGCCUCGACAGCAUCGACGAGGACGAGUCGCAAUCGCCUUCGCCCUCGCAAUCGCAACCGCGAUCCACGUACCCGCAGUCCUCGUCUCAGUCCCAGCAACAGGCCCCCUCCGCCUCGCCGGCAGCUGCUGAGCACGUCGCUGCCACCGGCCGCGGCAUCGACGCUCCGCCCACACCCGGCGCCGGCCAUGGCCCGCUGAAUCUUACUUCCGCGUCACUUCUGCCAAUUAACCCGCCGCCUGCUUCUCCUCUUGCUCGAGUCGAAGCUGCAGCCGAAGCCGAAGCUGAAGCCGGCCUUCCAUUGACCAAGUCGUCGCCAACGUCCGUGCUGUCUAGUGCCGCCCCGAAUUCCUCCCAAGACUCGUCUGCCGCCGCCCGCACGUCCACGCGCCCGCCCGCGCCGCCUCGUCGAGCCAGCCGCGACCCAAACCAAACCGUCACUUUUGACGAGUCGGCCGACAAGUCUGCAUCCGCCAACAGCAGCAGCCGCGACGCACUCAUCGCGACUGCCUCGCCCAACGCCAUCGGAACCCCAGGCGCCGAAGCCCCUCCUGCCGUUUCCGUGACCUCUUCCAAACACCUUGGCCCUGCUCCUCUUUCUUCCUCGACAAUUCCCACUGCACCAUCCAUCAUCGCUCAUCGCCACGACGACUUGAUCGGAUACUCAUCUUCGAUAGACGACAUUGCAGACCUCGGCGAAUUCGAUGCCAGCAGCAUGGCUGAACAAAUUCCAACCAAGAUUUGGGUCAUGAGACCCAAGGCGUCCGCCACCCAAAUUCGCAUCCGCCCCGGCGACCUUGUUGACGAUGUGCGCGACGAGAUUUUGCGCAAGUAUGGCAACUCGUUGGGCAAGACUUUCGAUUCACCCGACCUCACUCUUCGCAUCCAGGCCGGCGAGGAGACGCAAAACAACCAACGCAGUCGAACCCUGGGCCCCGAGGAAGACAUGGUCAAAACCCUCAACGCAUACUACCCCUCAGGCCAGACCGUCAAGGACGCUCUCGUCAUUGAAAUUCCCCGGACCUCGACGACGCCCAAGCCGUCUCCGCGCGUUCCUCUUCCCCAUUCCGGCUCUGCGUCGGCUGCCUACUAUGGCGGCGAUGAUGGGCGCCCAUCUGAGACGGGCGAAGGCUACUUCCCCCCGGUAGGUGGAAACACGUCGUCGCCUCGCCUUGCCAUGUCUGUUCCCGCGCAAGCCAACGGGGCCUUGCCCCAUUCUAUGACCGUCAUCAGCUCGGGCCACCUUCCUCCCAUUCCUCCCCUUCCUUCUCCCGGCGGCAACAGACCCCGCGGGCACAGGGACCGUGAUCAGCGUCACGACCGCCAAGACUAUUCGCGGACUGGGAGAACUCAUACGCCUUCGCCAAACCUGCAUAACGGAGGAGGUAGUGGUGCUGGAGGUGGCGGCGGAAGCAGCGCCAUGCCAAACUCGACGACUUCGACUGCUGCCAAUGCUCAUGGUGCACCGCAUUAUCGCUCGCGGCACUCACAUUCGCGAACCCACUCGAGCUCAUCAGAGCACAUUGUGACGCAUUCAGGCUCCAUGGCCAAGUCACCGGGCCAUGAAAUGACGUCGUCAGCUCGCAUGGGCACUCCUCCUCCCCAGCGGCUGUCGUCUCCUCGCUUGCCCAGCUCACGACCCAAGAAGAGCAAGAGGAGCUCGCAGCAACAGCAGCAACAGCAGGAGUACCACCACACCCCCUCUCCAUCCAUUCUUACUGCCACUGUGCCUCCGAUCAACGUACUCAUUGUUGAAGAUAACCCAAUCAACCUGAAACUGCUCGAGGCCUUUGUUAAGCGUCUCAAGGUCCGAUGGUCAACGGCCAUGAACGGCCGAGAUGCCGUCAAGAAAUGGAGAAACGGUGGCUUUCACUUGGUCCUCAUGGACAUUCAGCUACCUGGUAUGAACGGACUGGAGGCCACGAGAGAGAUUCGCCGGCUGGAAAGGAUCAAUAACAUUGGUGUCUUCUCUACCGCACCCACCGGUAUUCCCGAGACCACACAGGCCGAAGAGCUCACUGAGCAAGAUCGCCUCGAGGGCAUUGGCCAGUUCAAGAGCCCCGUUAUCAUCGUUGCCCUCACGGCCAGCUCUCUCCAGAGCGACCGACACGAGGCUCUUGCCUCGGGCUGCAACGACUUUCUGACAAAGCCUGUCAACUUUGUCUGGCUGGAGCGUAAGGUGAUGGAAUGGGGCUGUAUGCAGGCACUCAUCGACUUUGAAGGUUGGCGCAAGUGGAAGGACCUCUCAGCCAAGGCCGAAGCGAUUGAGGCUGCCACCCAGCGAGCAAAAGCACAAGCUUACAAAAACAAGACAAAAAAGAACCGGCCGAUCAUGUCGGCGUCGUAA